AUGGUUGUUGACCCUGGGGAUUGCAAGGCUGACUGGGAGCUGAGACUGGCUGCUGCUACCUAUCCAGUAUCUCCAGAGAGGAUUACCGUUUCACAAGGAGGGAAAUACAACUUGUUGGUGUGUCAAAAUGGGCCCGACCUGAGGGCAACAAUUGGAAAAAUAGCACAGGUCUCAGGUUACGCUGCUGCUGUUGCUGCGGACCUUUCAAGUCUUGUCUGGGUGGGGCCUCUUGGGAAUGGUACCCGUCCCAGGAAGAGAACUGCUCCUGAUUCAUCACUGUUCAAUCUGGCCGAGGAACACACUUUUAAAGACCCUGGGAAGAUACCCGGGGAACCUGAGGUGGUGAUUCACCAGAUUAGAAUUACUCUAACCAGCUGCAACAUGCAGUCAUUGGAGAGGGUACGUGCUGACCUGCUCAGAGGCGCAAAGAAAGAGAAUCUCGUCGUGAAAGAACCAGUUUGGAUGCCUACCAAGACUCUGAGAAUCACUACAAGAAAAACUCUUCGUGGUGAAGGUUCUAAGACUUGGGAUUGUUUUCAGGUGAGGAGCUGCAGGCGACUCAUUGAUUUGCACAGUCCUUCUGAGAUUGUUCUGCAGAUUACUUCCAUCGGUCUCGAGCCAGGAGUCGAGGUUGAAGUCACCAGUGCUGACGCUUAA